GCGCCUAACUAGGGCUGAGUUCAAAACACUGCGUUGUAGCCAUCAAUGAAUUUGGCAUCUCAUACGACAUCCGUAGUAAGAAAUAAAAAUAAAAUAAAGUUCGAAUGUGACAAGGUUGCUUGAUUCAUCAUGUUGCCAAUGCGUUUACAACAGCUAUCGUAACGCAAUAUAAUUUAUUGUUGUAAAUAUAUUGUCGUACUAUGUGAUCGUUUGGCAAGGAGCGGCAAUCGCUAUUCUUUAUCUCUAUCUCCUCCAUACAUGUGCUUGAUGCAUCGUUCAUGUAACGAACAAGACGUUUCUAUUAAUUUAAUUAUUAUAACAAUUGUACAAUGAAGAAUAAGUACACGGUGGCUCUGAUUGUAAGAUGACGAGCAAUUUGUUAGUUUUUAUUCCACAAGAGCUCUGCAGCAAACCGUCUGGCUAUUUGCUUGGCAAAGUGGUACAUGAUACAUGUAGCGAUCUGAAAAAGAUUUAUGUCGUCACUGUGCGCAAAGAGAACUCUCAUGAAUUAUCCAGGUGUACCUUGAGCACUAUUGGUCACUACUCAAGUACAGAUGUUGCGACGAAAGGAUUUUUGGAUCGCAAGUCUCCAGACUGGGUUGAAAUUGCAGUCUCGGAGACUGGCCAGAGCAAUGAGUAUCACCUGACAAACAUCGUUCUUAAUAACAAGAAACUAAGCCCAUCGACGACGCGUACAACAAUCAUCUUGUACGAUCAGCGAGCGUUACAGGAGACAGAAUUGUUUGAGGACAAAGUUGCAUCAGGCGAUCAUUUCUACGAGCUCGUAAAGCUCAUUCAAAGUAAAAGGGAUGAACUGAGAAACAGAUCAAAAUUUGUUCAUGUGUACGAGACUCUGUUGCUCUGUCACAUGGUGUUCUACUUGUAUCCCGUUUUGUUUCUGUCUAAAGUAACCGAGACGUUACUGCCAGUCUUAAAGUACUCCUCUCUUGGCUUACACAUUUAUGACUGGUUAGAAAACAUCAAGUGGAUGUUAGUCACAGUCAUACACAACAAGGGCUUCAGGCUGAAGACUGGAAACUAUGCAUUGGCAAUUAUAACAGAUGUGGCAUUAGGAAUCUUUGUGUUACGAUUACUGGAAUAUUAUGUGGAAGACAUGUUACCGUCACAGCUGCUUCUGAACAAUGCCGAGAGAGUCGUAGAAACCCUAAAGGAUCUCAUUAACUGGCUGAUGGGUGCACCAGCUGGUUUGAAGCUUAAUCACGCUCUGAAUGAUAUCAUGGGCAAGUUUUUCUUGUACCACAUACAACUCUGGUGGACGUUCCUGAUAUUUUCGAAGCCGCUGAUGGAUCUCGCAUUCAAAGUAUUGCUUCUAUUUGGAAAGCUCGGCAUCACGUUUCAGAUAUCCAUCGCUGCGGAUCUCUUUGCACUUGUCAGUUUUCACACGUACUGCAUUUACGUUUAUGCAGCAAGGCUGUUCAACAUUCAGUUAAGAGGCAUCACGGCGCUCUUCAGACUUUUCCUUGGAAAGAAGAAGAAUCCUCUGCGCCAAAGAGUGGACUCCUGUCAGUAUCAGACGGAUCAACUGUUCCUUGGAACACUGUCAUUUACUAUUUUCUUGUUCCUAAUGCCGACGACGUGGGUGUAUUACACAGUAUUUACACUGCUCAGGCUAGCAUCCAUUGGAUUCGGUGGCUUUCUGACCAGAUUGAAGUUUUACCUACAAGUCGUGCCAAUUUAUACAUUCUGGAAGUGGCUUUUGCGAUCUUACAGCACCUGCAGCACUGUUGACAUCAAAUUGCAUCCUUGCUGUGCCGAACCAAUAACGACAUUAUCAAUGACCAUGGUUGUCGCACCUUGGAGGCAUACAUGGAAGAGGUGCAUUCCGGACACGGUCAUUUGUCAUCCGGCCAUCGAAUGGCGUACAAUAUUACAUAAUAUCAUAUGGGGUAAAUUAUUAUAUCCAUUAUGAGAGAAAAGUAUGUUUAUUUGUUAAUUUCCCUCAGUACAAUUAAAACUACGUUGUCUAUAAAUCGAGUUCUUUUUUUAACAUUUUGUACAGGUAAUGCAUGGUAAUAUAUUUUAGACUACCAUGAAUCAAGCAUUUGUUUAUCCAAAUGAUAACAAAUGUAGAUGUUAUUGUUUUUUAUUAUACACUCUUGUAUAAUGAAUUAACAAUUGCGUUACUUAUCAGGCAAUGUGAAACGUAAUAUUACAGAACGAAUUAACACUUAAAAUAAACAGAAUUUCCUACUUUAA